GUCGUCGGGUGCAGUUGGAAAAUCGCGAGAAAAAUCAAUUUUUGAAAAUUUCAUCCCUCGCCAAAUAUUGUCCAGUGAUCCUCCAUGAAGUGGGAGAACUAUUGCGACUUUGUGGCUGGAUGUUUUGGCGGUGCCUGCGGGGUGCUGGUUGCCCACCCACUCGACACAAUCAAAGUAUGGCAACAGGCUUCAAAUUCCUCCGUAGUAACAGCCAUCCAACAAAUCUACAGCCGCAACAAUGGGGUCAACGGCUUCUACAGGGGCAUGUUCUUCCCGUUCAUCUCGACGGGAGCGAUCAAUUCGCUGCUCUUCGGCAUCUAUGGAAACCACCUGCGGCAGCUGAGGAAGGUGUGCCACAGUGAUUACCAGCGGGAGCAGUUGGAGUACCACAACAUGUUCCUUGCGGGAUCGGUGGCCGGAUUCGUGCAGUCCUUUAUCGCCUGUCCCAUGGAGCUGAUCAAAGUCCGCCUGCAGACGGCGACCUAUUACAAUGACUACCUCUAUGGUCAGCGACGGACUGCCUUUGGCACUUUCAAAAGGAUACUCAAGACUGAUGGGAUCUCCGGACUUUACCGCGGCCUACUGCCCAUGAUGUGCCGCGAUGUCCUGCCUUAUGGAAUCUAUAUGCUGGCCUAUCGCCAGGGCGUUGACUAUAUGGACAGGCGGGAUUUUGUCCGCCGGAGACGCAGUCAGUCGGACGGAUCGAGUGUGAACCUGCUGGUGACCACGUUGGCUGGCGCAUGGGCCGGGGUCAUCUCGUGGGUGUGUGUCAUUCCGUUCGACGUGGUCAAGACGCUGAUGCAGGCGGACGAGAAUCACAAGUACCGGGGAAUCUUCCACUGCGUGAGGGUGCAGUACAGGGCCUAUGGCUGGAGGAGCAUCUUCCGGGGCAGCUGGAUGCUGGUGGCACGAGCGGUUCCCUUUAAUGCCGCCACUUUUCUGGGAUACGAGUACGCCUUGGAGUGGUGCCAGCGGUGGAACGGUUCUUAUGUAUGACCCAGUCAGUCUGGCGGUGAUUAAAAGCCUUAACUAGUUUGUAUGCUGUCUACAUUGAUAUUUGUUGAGACGGAGUGAUUCAAACUCUUUGCUAUAUUGUACCAAUUUAAUAUCUCUUAUGCUGUGCAACAGUAAUAAUAACUAGCUUUAAUAUUUUUAUAAUAAUAAAUAAGAUGUAAAAUGCAA